UUCACAACAAAACUUGCGUCGCGGAGCGCACGGCUCGACUUGAAUGGAAGGAGCCCGAGCCCGCCGAGCGCAGCUGACACUCGGGGAGGAGCGUUCGGCCGGCGGGGCGCGGCGCCGGGCGCAGCAGGCACCAUGGCCUGGAGCAGGGCACUGCUGUUCCUGCUGCUGUUGCCGCCACAGCUGCACCUAGGACCUGUGCUGGCAGUGAAGGCCCCGCCGUUUAGCCGAAGUGGUGGCCAUAGCCUGAGCCCUGAAGAGAAUGAAUUUGUGGAGGAGGAGCCGGUGCUGGUCCUGAGCCCUGAGGAGCCAGCGCCUGGCCCAGCCACAAUUGACUGCCCCCGAGACUGUGCCUGUUCCCAGGAGGGUGUUGUGGACUGUGGCGGCAUCGACCUGCGUGAGUUCCCGGGGGACCUGCCUGAGCGCACCAACCACCUGUCUCUGCAGAACAACCAGCUGGAGAAGAUCUACCCCGAGGAGCUCUCUCGGCUGCACCGGCUGGAGACGCUGAACCUCCAGAACAACCGCCUGACUUCCCGAGGGCUCCCAGAGGAGGCGUUUGAGCAUCUGACCAACCUCAAUUACCUGUACCUGGCUAACAACAAGCUGACCUUGGCACCCCGAUUCCUGCCAAACGCCCUGAUCAGCGUGGACUUUGCUGCCAACUAUCUCACCAAGAUCUACGGGCUCACCUUUGGCCAGAAGCCAAACUUGAGGUCUGUGUACCUGCAUAACAAUAAGCUGGCGGAUGCCGGGCUGCCAGACAACAUGUUCAACGGCUCCAGCAACGUCGAGAUCCUCAUCCUGUCCAGCAACUUCCUGCGCCACGUGCCCAAGCACCUGCCGCCUGCUCUGUACAAGCUGCACCUCAAGAACAACAAGCUGGAGAAGAUCCCACCAGGGGCCUUCAGCGAGCUGAGCAACCUGCGCGAGCUGUACCUGCAGAACAACUACCUGACUGACGAGGGCCUGGACAAUGAGACCUUCUGGAAGCUCUCCAGCCUGGAGUACCUGGAUCUGUCCAGCAACAACCUGACGCGGGUCCCGGCAGGGCUGCCACGCAGCCUGGUGCUGCUGCACCUGGAGAAGAACGCCAUCCAGCGCGUGGACGCCGACGUGCUGACGCCCAUCCGCAGCCUGGAGUACCUGCUGCUGCACAGCAACCAGCUGCGCGCGCACGGCAUCCACCCGCGGGCCUUCCAGGGCCUCAAGCGGCUGCACACGGUGCACCUGUACAACAACGCGCUGGAGCGCGUGCCCAGCGGCCUGCCCCGCCGCGUGCGCACCCUCAUGAUCCUGCACAACCAGAUCACCGGCAUCGGCCGCGACGACUUCGCCACCACCUACUUCCUGGAGGAGCUAAACCUCAGCUACAACCGCAUCACCAGCCAGGAGAUGCACCGCGACGCCUUCCGCAAGCUGCGCCUGCUGCGCUCGCUGGACCUGUCCGGUAACCGGCUCCACACGCUGCAGCCCGGGCUGCCCCGCAACGUGCAUGUGCUGAAGGUCAAGCGCAACGAGCUGGCUGCCCUGGCGCGCGGGGCGCUGGCUGGCAUGGCCCAGCUGCGUGAGCUCUACCUCACUGGCAACCGACUGCGCAGCCGGGCCCUCGGCCCCCGCGCCUGGGUGGACCUCGCUGGUCUGCAGUUGCUGGACAUUGCUGGGAACCAGCUUACAGAGAUCCCCGAGGGGCUCCCCGAGUCACUCGAGUACCUGUACCUGCAGAACAACAAGAUUAGCACCGUGCCUGCCAAUGCCUUUGACUCUACACCCAACCUCAAGGGCAUCUUUCUCAGGUUUAACAAGCUGGCCGUGGGCUCUGUGGUGGACAGUGCCUUCCGGAGGCUGAAGCACCUGCAGGUCUUAGACAUUGAAGGCAACUUUGAGGUUGGUGACGUUUCCAAGGACCGUGGCCGCUUGGAGGAGGAAGAAGAAGAGGAUGAAGAGGAUGAGGAGGAAGAGGAAAUGAGAUAGUGGCAAGGUGACACAGACCUGACCUCGGACAAUGGACCACCGGACUCCUUUCUGCAGCACACGCCUGUGCCCUGUGAACCCCCCAUCCCGCCACACUCACAUGGUCACACCCAGGGCUGCACCCACGGGGCAUCCCACACAACACGGCCUGAGCACAGCCAGACACGUGCCGAUAGCACGUCACACUCACACACACCCAGCUGGGCCACACACACAGCCGGUUCCACACUCCCGUCCGGACCAUCGCACUCUCCGCCCACGCCACACCACUGCCACGUGCUCUGAGUCACAGACCUGGGAGGGUCUGCCCUGCCCCGGCACGCACAGGCUCCUCCUGCCUUCCCUGCUGACACAUGUACUCGUGUGUCCAUGUGCGCACACACACACACACACACACACACACACACACACACACACACACACACAUGCUCAUGUGCAAACAGCCCUCCAGGGCCUGUGCCACCAACAGCUCUUGCCCCCAGCGGGAAUUGGCCAGAGCAGCUCGCCGUCUGCCCGGUGCAUCUGUCCGUCCGUCCCCUGGAGAAGACAGGGUUAUCUCUGUGCUCUGGCCAGGGGCUGCCGCCCUCUGGAACUCACGAAAGCUGGCUUUUGUUCCUUUGCCUCCCUUUGGGGGCAGGAACCUUCAGGACUGCUGCCCUGGCCCUGCCUGCUGGCCCCCCAGGUGCUGGGGCAGUUGCUCUGCUGGGAGCCCCUCCUUGCCACGCGCUGGCAGGCCACAGUCACUUUCCUGACGGGUGAGCCCCACCAAGGCUGGACCGGAGAGUCUCGGUGCUGCUGGGCCUUGGGCAGGAGCAAGGCAGCGGCAUGGGCUAGGCCGGGCCAGGUGGGAAGGGCCAGCCACACCUAUGAGACACCGUCUUUAUUCUUUAGGCCCGUGGGAAGUUCUGGGUGCCUUUGUUUUUUUUUAUUUUUUUUCAAGGAAAAAAAUGAUAAAAAUCUCAAAGCUGAUUUUUCUUGUUACAGAAAAACUAAUAUAAAAGCAUUAUCCCUGUC